CGCGCACCCCCGGUUUGUGUAGAAGCGCCUCUGUGGAGGAAGAUAUCAUCUCAGCAGGCACUGAUUACAGCACAUCAGCAGCAGAAAGCAUCAUGGGAGGAGCAGUGGUUGACGACGCGCCUCCUGGAGUGAAGGCACCAGACGGUGGCUGGGGUUGGGCGGUGUUAGUCGGCGGCUUCGUCAUCACCGGCUUCUCUUACGCUUUCCCAAAAGCCGUCAGCGUCUUCUUUAAGGAGCUGAUCCGUGAGUUUGACGUUGGAUACAGUGACACGGCCUGGAUCUCGUCCAUACUGCUCGCCAUGCUGUACGGCACAGGUCCUCUGUGCAGCGUGAUGGUGAACAGGUUCGGCUGUCGGCCGGUGAUGAUGGUAGGAGGGCUCUUUGCCUCACUGGGAAUGAUUCUGGCCUCCUUCGCCACCAGCAUCAUCCACAUCUACCUUUGCACUGGAGUAAUUACAGGUCUUGGUCUGGCAUUGAACUUCCAGCCGUCUCUCAUCAUGCUGAAUCGAUACUUCAAUGAGAAGCGUCCUCUGGCUAAUGGCCUGGCGGCAGCAGGCAGUCCUGUGGCACUCUGCUGUCUCUCCCCUCUGGGACAGGUGCUCCAGUAUCAGUACGGCUGGAGGGGGGGCUUCCUCAUACUGGGAGGGCUUCUGCUGAACUGCUGUGCCUGUGCUGCCCUCAUGAGGCCUUUGUUGCCCCCUAAGAAGUCUCAAGAUCUGGAGCUGAGCGACCCCGCAGCUGUAGAGAUGGAGAAGAAGCCCCUGCCAAAGAAGAAGCUGUUGGAUUUCAGCGUGUUUAAAGAUAGAGGAUUCGUCAUUUACACCCUUGCUGCGUCCAUCAUGGUCCUGGGCUUGUUUGUGCCCCCUGUGUUUGUGGUAAACUACGCUAAAGGCCUCGGCAAUGAGGACACCAAGUCUGCUCUGCUGCUCACCAUCUUAGGAUUUAUUGACAUGUUUGCACGGCCCGCAUGUGGACUCUUAGCUGGCUUGAAGUGGGUACGGCCACGAGUUGUCUACCUCUUCAGCUUCGCCAUCAUCUUCAACGGGUGCACCGACCUCGUAGGAUCCCAGGCGACGGACUACACAGGUCUGGUGAUCUUCUGUAUCUUCUUCGGUAUGUCGUAUGGCAUGGUGGGAGCGCUGCAGUUUGAGGUCCUCAUGACCAUCGUGGGGACGGAGAAGUUCUCCAGCGCCAUCGGCCUGGUGCUGCUGAUGGAGGCUAUCGCUGUGCUGGUGGGACCUCCUGGAGCAGGUCGCCUCUUGGACUACACCCACCAGUACAUGCACGUCUUCCUGUUGGCGGGCAGCGAGGUCGUACUGUCAGCCUUCGUCAUUGCUUUGGGAAACUUCUUCUUCAUUAAAAAGAAGCCAAACGAGCCCGAGGCCAAGCUGGAGAUGGCCGUGACCGCUGCAGAGAGGGAUGGGCUGAACCCCGGACUGGAGAAAGAGGAAGGGGAGGAGGAUGAGGAAGGAGAGGAGGAGCUGAAGGGAAAAGAGAACGGGACGGCCGGUAAUCAUAAAGUGGAGGAGGACGUGGUGGAGGUGAAGGAGAACGGGAGCAUAGAAGAAGAGGAGAGCACAUCGAUAUGAAGCAAGACUGGGAACUAAGAGGACACUCAAGAAGAGAAGAGGAGGAUCUGUAGCAAAGAGAUCACCGAGGGAGUGAGGGGGAACAAUGUAGGAUAACAAAACAGGGUUCAUAUCGCUCUCUCAAUCAAAACUUUAGGUUGAUUUAAGGGAAAAGGCAGAGAGGGUCCAUUAUCAACAGGUUUAACCUGAAACUGUUAUAUUCAUAGACUACAUGAGAAGUUUCCACAGCCACUGUGACACUGCACUAUGCUUUCACUCCUAUUUAGAAAACGUGUCUUUGUCUGUUGCUAUCAAGGUGUUAUGGGGAGAUAAAUGACCUUAGGUGGAAAACUGGAGCAAAUGCUAAGAUCUUAACUCUAUCUAGGGCUAGCUUGUUGCAUCUAUAAUGUACUGUAGCUGUUAUAAGAACCAGUCUGUGAUAACAGCCAAUGAAGAACCAAACUUUAUAACAACAGAUGUGACAUGAAGAGCCUCCCUUAGAGGGUCUCAGUACAAACAAACCAGAACAAUGCAUUCAGCUUCAAACAUGCCACAAACUUGACUUUUCUGAGGAGGGGUUGAGUGAGGUACUCGUUAGUAGGAAGUGUUUUACCCACAGGCGAUCCAGGUCAGCUCGGGUUCAACUCCACUUUAAAAAAAAAAAACAACCCUGUGAGUUUAUGCUGCCUUAUCGUCUAUUUUAUUCUAACUGGAUCAGUAAAUCACAAAGUGAACAUCAUAACCAAAAAUUAGGGAUUGAGACCAUUUCAUCUCUGAAAAUAUGUUUGCUUUUGUGAUAAAUCGAGACAGAAGUGGGCUCAUGUUCUCAAACACUUCUAUGAAAUCUGACUAGACGCCCUCUGCUGGCUGUUACAAACACAACAGGUUGAAAUCACCUCUUCACUGGCUUCACUUUCCAAACACAGGAGGAUACUUUCACUUCUUAUUCACAGUCUAUGAUUAUAAAAGUGACAUAUUGAUGAUUCAUGUAUAUUACUGAGCUUUGAAGGAGUUGUGGUACGGUCUAGAUGCUGCAGUCAUGGUUUUGAGUGUAGAAACGCCACGUUACUGGCAACAAAUACCAGCUUUCUGAGGAAGCUACAUACACUGUAGUGCUGUUAGAACAAAGAUACAGAUUUUGAGUUUUGUGCACUUUUAAGCAUUGUUUUUAUCAUGCAAACUGUUUCUCUCCAUGUAGGACUUAAGCUAUUCUACAACCCUGAUUCCAACAAAAAAGUAGGGACACUGUGUGAAAUGUUCAUAACAGAAUUUGAUGGUUUGCAAAUUAUUUAAACUUUGACUGAAAAUAAUGAAAAGACAACAUGUCCAAUAUUAAAACUGAAAAGUUUUACUGUUUUAUGAAAAUGAUAUGCUCAUUUUAAAUUAGAUGCCAGCAACACAUUUCAAAAAGUUGGGACGGGCAUUUUCACAAUCGUGUUGCCUCACUUCUUCUUUUAACAACACUCUGUAAAUUUUUUGGGACCCAGGAGACCAGUUUCUUGUUUUUUUUUAAAGGAAACGCCUCAUUCCUGCCUGUUUUAGGAGUUCACCUGCUCAACACUUGCAUAGUGUAGUUAAAAACUGCAUUUGAAGAUGCAGUGAGCAAAUGUGAAAAGACUGAUAUUUAGGAGUUAUUUUGAGCCCAUACAGUGAUGUCCACUACAGAGUCAUGUCUGGUUUUAAUGCAGUGCUGCCUGAGGCCUGAAGAUCAGGUACUGUAGAUGAUGAAAUCCAUUAACUCUUUGUCUUUUCACUCUGGAACAUUAAUCUGAAACUGUUGAACUAUUUGCUUACGCAGUCUCUCACAGAGAGGUGAACUUCUUCCUAUCUUUCCUCCUGAGAGACAUGGGAUGUUUUCGAAACCGCCUGCUAUACUAGCAGUACGUUCUGAUUUGGCCAAAAUUCAGUAUGUAGUUUGUGAACAAUCAAAAUCUGCAGUAUGCCAAAACUCCCCGGAUGUUGUACUGAUUCAGGAAAAUUUCUCAGUAUGCGGUGGACCAGUCUCCCUCGCGUACUGUUUCCCACAAUGCACAGCGCUCAUUCUGCUUCUUCUUCUUUCCAUAUAUGGGGGGCACUCCGUUUUUAGGUACUGUGAUAAUCAUUAAAUCCAUAUAAACCACUUCUUAACUUUUUAAAUCAUAAGUGAUGCUAAAGAAGCAGUUUCACUAUCAGCCCGGCCGUUGUUUACCUCCGCUUUCCAAAACCAGAAAUCCAGCGACACCUGACUCAGCAUCCUGCAGAACAGAUCCAACAGAACAGUCAUACUACAUACUACCUUCAAACACAGUAUGCAGUAGGCAGUACGUACUGCAUACUACAUUUGUAGGUAGUAUGUAGUAGGCGGUUUCCAAAACAACCAGCCUCUCUGUAGUGUCCUUUUAAUACAUGUUACAAACCUGUUCAUAAUUAACCUCAUUAGUUGGGAGAUGUUCCUCCAGGUGUUACUUUUUAGCAUUACACAACUUUUCAGUGUUUUACUGUCCCUGUUCUAACUUUUUUGAAAACACGUUGCUGACAUUAGUUUUUAAAAUUAGCGUACAUUUUUCAUAAAACAAUAAAUCAUUCAGUUUAAACAUUUGAUAAAUGAUCAGCAAACCAUAAAAUUCUCUUUUCAUUCACAUAUUUUACACAGCGUGCCAACUUUGUUGAAUUGGGAUUGAAUGAUUUAUUCCCAGAGUGAUUUCAAAUAAUCUGACACAUGCACACACACACAAAACAUUCAAGGUCCACUGACUGGAAACUGCUUUCUACAUUCACUGGUUCAGACUGUUAUUAAGUGGACCUUGUGGAAUAUACUGUCAGGAUACUGCUUAAAGCUCAUAAAUGACUGAUACCUAUAUUUCAAGGAAUGCCCCACGUAUUUGCUGCACUUGUUUUUACUUAUGUCAAAUUAUUAUUUAUUGUUAUUUAAAGUGACAACAAAAUGAUAAAAUGUUUCAAGAAGCGGCUUCAGUAUUGAGAUACUUGAUAUUUAGGGACUCGACCCUCAUCUGCUCACAACAACAUGACAACUGUCGAGCCAGGGAUUUCUAAUAUGAAGGUGUAAGAGGAUUAUUUUGCAUUGUGGAAACAAGAUGUUGAGAUUGUUCCUGAAAUGCUUCUUUCAGCUGCAUUAUCUCUUUUUUUUAUGUCCUUCUUGAUGUAUCAAAUGUAUUCUGACUGUAUGGAUUUUAAAUCUUGACUUUAUUUGUACAUUUGGAUCCAGAAUGCCACUUUGGUCCCUUAAUACUUUCUGUAAAAGGUUGGCUUUGUUGCAGUUAUCAAUAAAAAAGUCAAGGUUUCUUCCACUGCUUGUCUCCGUCAGGGCUUUAAAAUGUUGGAACAUUUUCAGUCUUGAAUGCCUUGAUCGUGUUUGAAGUGUGCAACAUUUUGUCUUCCCCCAGUUUUUCCACCAGCACCAGCAGCUGUGUCUGUUCUCUCAUCGAAGAAAUCGACGAGGUGUCUCGGUCUUGUUGUGUGCGACUUUAAAGUGACUUCAUCCAAUUGAACUGAUAAACGUGUCGGGACACUGGAUUACACUUGGUUAAUCCGGCUGCUGUGUAUGCUCAGCUGAUGAAUGUAUUACAUGUCCCGUGGUGUCUUUACUGCUCUGUAGGUCAGCCUCAUGUUGUUACACUGACAUCUGUCUGUUGUUGGUUGGAUGCAGAAUGCUGUGAUAGACUGUGUGUCUGUUUUAACUCCACAGACCAAUAGCAGAGCAGGAACCACUUGCUCGGGUGAAGGAAUGUAACUUAUUCCAUUUUUGAGUGAUGUUUAACAGCACAGGCAUGUGAUGUCUGUUUUUUUCCCAAAUAAAUAUAUCUCCUGUUGAGAAAACAGAACAAAUCAAA